UUAAAUAAAGACACGCCCUUAAUAUAACGGGAGUGAUUGGUUCGCUGACUCUUCUUUCGCUUUCGGACUUUUUGUAACUGCUUGAAAAUGCUACUCCGAAUAUUAAUAAUACUUACUCUUCACGUUACUGUCCUGGUUCUCCUCUUUGUUUCAGCUAUUGUUAAUGCUUGGACUGUGGGAGAGACCAGCGGUUCUGAUCUGUGGUUGAAAUGCUCUACGUCCAAUGGAGGGUAUCACUGUAAACCUACGCCUACAGGAGUGUGGAUCCAGUUGGUCCAGGCCCUGAUGGUCCUGUCUGUGCUGUACAGUGCCCUGGCUCUCCUGUUCUUCCUCUGCCAGCUCUUCACCCUGCGGAAGGGGGGCCGUUUCUUCCUCGCCGCAGUCUUCCAGAUACUUGCCAGUGUGUUGGUCAUGAGUGCAGCUGCCGUGUACACAGUGCAGAGUCCAGGCUGGGCCCAGGAGAGGGAGGUGUUUGGUUUCUCCUAUAUGCUGGCCUGGGUGGCAUUCCCCCUGGCCCUGCUCAGCGGAUUGGUCUACAUCAUCCUGAGAAAGAUCGAAUGAGACCUGCACACUGCGUACUGCCAGCACAAUCCCACUGCCUUUCAUGUGGAGGCGUAUAUAGGGCUCUCCAUACGGUAAAAGGGACUCAUAAUAGCACUUUUCACACACUUUCACACCUUAUAUAUUGCUCAUGUAUUUUUUAUUACUUUAUUUGUAGGAACCAUUUAAUAUUUUUUGUUUUGUUUUAAGCAAAUACCUGAAGUACCUUUAAAAACCUGCAGUUGCAGUGAAAUAACUGCAAAAUGCAAUUUGCUUUAUCUGUGCUUCUCAUACUAGAACAAAGGUUCACAGUGUUGGCCAGUAUAGGCCUAUAGAGUAAGCACAGAGUCAGGGCUGUUUUCCUGAAGUGAAAAAGAGCCUAAGCUUAUGUUUGGUUGUAUGAGACCUAGCAUCAUGUUUGAAAAUAUUGAUAAAGAUAUUCUAAUAAUA